UUCUCCGCUUGCUUGCCAGGUGAGCGACCCGACUGCUGGCAUCUGGAUGGCCUGGAGAGACGCUCAAGGUCGUGAGUACUACUUUUCACAACCACUUCUCACUUCCAGUUGAUCGGUUCGCUUUGCCCUCUUUUUUACGUCUUCUCUUCCCUUGUUCUAUUCCUCUUCCCCCUAUUUCCGGGCUAUCGCCAGUCAGUUUCCCAAUCCGACCGUCGGAGAUCGUCCGCUUAUUAUAUCGCUAUUUUCCUACUCCCUCACCUAACCGGCGUAACAUCGUAUUUCUUCCUAUUUAUUUUUUUUCUUUCUUUAUAUUCCCCUUCCUCGUUCCCGUACAUUCUCUAUAUCCCCUAAGACACUCGUUCUUCCUUUCUCGAUCUAUGAACGACCCAGAAUCCCGAGGCAUUUGUGUGAGGAGAGAUCGAUAUUCGUGAAGGUUGGGUAGUGUCUGGUGGAUGAUAUAACCGCCCUACAGCGCGCCACUUCCUCACCCCUCGGACGUUCUUCUUCCACUCGGAUCGCCAACGGGAUGAGUCCGCGGAGUGUCCCUGAACAGCUGGCGCCAGCCCAUACCCGAACGUGUUCGGUCACGGAUUCGGUCGCUUCGCUUUCGAGUGCUCAUUCGAGGUCAUUAUCUUCAAACAAAACUAUCACAUCGAUCCCCCCAAAUCUCCUUCCUUCAGCACCCGCAUCGCCGCCUACCCCGGCUCCUAGUCCCACCCCUCAUCAGAGGCCUCCGACAUGGCAGUCGGCCGAUGAAGACGAUGACGCUUUCCUUCUAAAUGCCAGGAUUCAUUUCAGUUCCCUGUCCAGCUUCAAAAGGCAGAAAUUCUUGGAGGGUAUCCUUAGUCUAUGUGAUAGCCAACAUCUGAGCUUUGUCUCUAGUUACGUCAGUCCUCGUUUGAGGAAGGACCCAUUUCUGGUCUUUCCCACUGAAUUAUGCUUGCGGGUACUUUCGUUCAUCGAUGAUCCAAAGACAUUAGCAAGAGCAUCUCAGGUAUCGAGGCGUUGGCGGGAACUAUUGAACGAUGACAUCACAUGGAAAAACCUCUGCGAGAAGCAUGCGUAUGCGUCUCGUAAGUCUUCGGAGGAUGACCGGGAUUUCGUCGACCCUUGCCACACUCAACAUAUGCGUACUAUCUCUGGCACAAACUCCCUGACUGGAUCGAGGAGUUCGCUCGCUUCCAGCCAUCAGUCCCAGGAUGGCCACCCCGGUCUGACUCGCUCCCUGUCGGGGGACUGGCUUGCGUCAGCAAGCUUGUCUUCACGAAAGCGGAGAGUUCGGCCUUUGUCAUACAGGACCCAUUUCAAACAGAAAUAUAUGGUGGAAUCCGCCUGGAAUAAAGGCGGGCGAUGCACCCAACGGCAUAUCACACCCGAUCAGGGAGUCGUUACGAGCCUGCACCUCACACCGAAGUAUAUUGUGGUUGCUUUAGACAACGCUAAGAUUCAUAUCUAUGACACCAAUGGAGAUAAUCAGAAGACGCUGCAAGGUCAUGUGAUGGGUGUAUGGGCUAUGGUCCCCUGGGAUGACAUACUGGUGAGCGGUGGCUGUGACCGCGAGGUCCGUGUCUGGAACAUGGCUACUGGAGCCGGUAUCUACCUAUUGCGUGGUCACACGUCAACUGUGCGCUGUUUAAAAAUGUCUGACAGGAAUACGGCUAUCUCGGGGUCUAGAGAUACCACGCUGCGGAUAUGGGAUCUGGCUUCAGGAACUUGUAGAAAUGUCCUGGUUGGACACCAGGCUAGUGUCCGGUGUCUAGCGAUUCAUGGGGAUUUAGUUGUUUCCGGAAGCUAUGAUACUACUGCACGCAUUUGGAGUAUCUCUGAAGGGCGAUGCCUCCGCACUCUUUCGGGCCAUUUUAGUCAAAUUUAUGCAAUCGCCUUCGAUGGCAGGCGGAUCGCUACCGGAAGUUUGGACACCAGUGUGCGGAUAUGGGACCCGCAAAGUGGUCAGUGCCAUGCUAUCCUCCAAGGCCAUACAUCUUUAGUGGGGCAGCUGCAGAUGCGGGGUGACACACUCGUCACUGGCGGCUCGGACGGGUCUGUCCGUGUUUGGUCUUUGACCAAAAUGACCCCAAUCCAUAGGCUAGCGGCACAUGACAAUAGCGUGACAAGCCUUCAGUUUGACAGCUCGCGGAUUGUCAGCGGUGGCAGUGACGGCCGUGUUAAGGUGUGGAGUCUACAAACUGGACAGUUACUCAGGGAAUUGUCCUCACCUGCAGAGGCAGUUUGGAGGGUGGCCUUCGAAGAUGAAAAGGCUGUGAUCAUGGCGAGUAGAUCGGGUCGGACAGUCAUGGAGGUUUGGACUUUCUCGCCUCCCCCCGAGGAAGAUACAGAUGAAAUUGUGCCACCCAGCUCAUCAAGUACUCCUGGGAUGCGUCCUGCCGAAGACGAUAGUCGGCAGAGAGCAUACCAUUCAGACCCUCCCACGAUACCCCUGGGCAACGAUGAUGACCAAAUAAUGCCGGACGCCCCUUCCUCCUAGCACACUCUUCUCCCAUGAUUUGACGUUCGCAUAUGACGAUCAUAUAAUCUUUCCCCCACCUUAUCAUGACUGACGUAAUAAUCAGAGCAUCUACUUUGUUUCCGACGACCUCUAGGAUCUUGUCGCAUUCGAAGCAUACAGUCAUCAGUUUGACCAGCCAUCACGGACCAGGAUUUGCAUUAUGGGUGUUGGUUUUUCUUUUGUUUUCCAAAACCGUACCGUUGUCCGUACCCACGAACUACAACGCAGAUGGAGUUCCAGGUGGGAAAUUGUCUGCCUUUGUGCAACCAAAUACCUUAUACCUGCCGGCGUACCAGCGUGAAUUGUUUUCUUAAGACUUGUUUUUAUUUAUAAUAGGUUAGAUGAUAUCCGCCUCGGGAGGUGAUGUAUUCGAGAUCUAAAGGGGUCUGUGGCCGUUCUAACUACAUAAAAGCGAAGAGAAUAUAUGGGGUCCAAUCCCAAUAACAUAUACAGACUGUAUUAUCAUGGGUGAGAACGUUUGUUCUAUUCGAUGCUGUA